GUUAGAUUGAUGGAAUCUUUUUUUAAACAAGCGGAAAUUUUCUGAAAAAUAAUGAUGUAUACUUCGACCCACUUUUGCCACAUAAAAACAUGAUGAUUGUUCAGAAUUUCAUUUUAAUAUUGCUACAAUUGCACUACUUUUGGCAUAAAGCAGCUCAUUGCUAAUCAAUACGUGUUUGGACUAAAUCCUCAUCUGAUGAACAUUACAACCCAAAACCACAAGAACCAUACAAUCGUAUAUAGAUAUAUGUAAACAUGGCUACAUUGCAAAUGGUAUCGACAGCUAUUGAGACGCUAGUAAGUAAUAAAGAAACAGACACUAAAGAAACAGACACUGAAGAAACAGACACUAAAGAAACAGACGUUGUAGACAGCGGAGUGUUGUAUUCCCGUUCACCAAGCAAUGGUCUUAUCGAACCAAAAGACUGUGAAACGUUGCACACUCUCAACCACAGAUUAGAAAGUGACUUGAAGGAACUUCCGAAACUGAAGAGAGAAAACAAACAUUUGGAGGCGGAGCUGCGGAAAUCUGAGUCCAUGUAUGAACAAGAGAGAUUAACACGUGAAAUGCAAGAGACACGACUCACUGAGUUGGAGCAAAAACUGGUUAGUGCCAACUCUAAGACAAGGAAUUGUCAGGAAAAUCUUGAAGUUUUGCAAAGGAAACUGAACCAGAUUGAACUCGAGAGGGAAAGAGACCAGAGACAAAAAGAUCAACUUAAACAGAAGUGUCUAAAUACAAAGGAAGAGCUGGAGAAGGUAAAGUAUGAAAAUGACAACAACAGAAAGGAGAAAGACAGACUGCAGGAAAAUCUGGCCCAGUACAAAGCAGAAUUGAAACAAAAGACCGAAGAGCUUCAAUCUGACAAGGCCAAGCUGACCACUGCGAAUAAAGAAUUAAAUAAUCAAAGAUCUGUAUCCGUCAAAUUAAGACAAGAGAUUGACAGAUACGAAACUUUGCUCGACCAAAGACACUUACGUCCAAGAGAUCAAGUGGAUAGUGGCGACAUUAAAGACGAGGAAGAAGUUCAACAGACUGAAACUUUGUCUAUUGAAAACUAUUGAAUGGACCAGUCACACUCAUCUGUUUGGUGUGAGACACUGUUAUGGUUUGAGUUGCUGUGUUACUCAUGGAAUGGAUCUUUGUACUUUUGUGUUCUUUAAAGACUAAAGAAUUUAUCCCUGAACAAAACAUAUACGACGAGAUUGGAAUUGUCAUCUGGUUCUUUAUUAUCUCUCUUAACAUGUUAUAUGCAUAGAAUAAAUAUGAAUUAUGUUCCGUUUUGUAACUCUUCAUAGUACUCAAUGGUUUAUUUAAACUAUUUUUGGUUGUUUUGUUCUAUCUAGUAGAAUAAUCUGAAUUUUGGUUGUACUUUGCAAUUCAGCAUUUUUGUUUACUCAGUAAUAUCUGCCUAAUGUUGUGAAAGAUAUGUUAUACAAUUGUAUGCACAUUUAAUAGGAAAUUAAAAUUUUAAGGUACCAACUAAACUUAAUUUUAUUACAUGACUUUUAAUGCAAACUCUACCAGCUCCAUUAAAUUAAAGAACAUAGUUUAGUCAUGUAUUCAAUGUAUCAACAGAGGUACACAAUAUUUUAGUUUAUUUUCAUAUUAAAUGUUUCAAAUGUUUUGAAAGAUUUUUUUUCCCUUGGCUAGGCCUACGCAGCUGUGAUACAAACAUUAUUUAAUCUUAUUUUGUUCCUAUUUCAAUAUUGCACAUAAAAUGACGUAAUACUAUUUGAUAUUAUUUAAUUAAUAUAUUAAGAUAUUUUUCAUAUUUAUUGUUAUAUUUAGCGGCCCCCAAAGGGGAAAAGACGCUAUUAGUUUUGUGUGAAAUGUCUGUCCGUCUGUCCGUCCGUCCCGUUUAGAUCUCGUAAACUAGAAAAGAUAGUGAAAAUAAGACAUCACAAUAUUUUAGACCAUUCUAAGUUCUGAUGCAACGGCUACUUUUUUCUUUCCUGAAAGCGAAAAAUCUAAUUUUUUAAAUCACUUAUGCAAGCAGUUUUUUUCAUAAAAAUACACCACUUUUACAACUAUUAACUAUUAAACACUCAAACACGUGAGGCUUUUUAUUAGGAUUGGGGGCCUAAUAUUUUCCAUUUUUUUAACACAUUUAUGCAAACAGUUGUAGAUUUUUUUUUGGCAAAUUUUUGGGUUUAUAUUUUUAUUGUUAAUUUCUGUAAGUUCUGUUAUACUAAGUACUAUAUUUACACACUAACAAAUGUUUACUAUUUUUUUAAAGAGAAAAAAAAAUCUAAUUAGUAUGCAUGAUAAGCUAGACAUAAUUUAAGUUAAAUAUAAAACUUGUAAACUGCAUUUUUUUCGUGCCGCUACAAUUAUCCAAUAGGGCUCCAAAAGGUAAUGUUUUGUUUUUUUGAGGAUUCGAAUAAGAGAUUGAACCUUUUCAAAACAAUUAGAUCAAUUAUAAGACAUCCGUUAGGCCAGGUUCACAUCUAACUUUACAUUCACUUUCACCUAUCCUUUGAUCUGCUGGACCGAAAAAAAAAAUUUGUUUUUAAUUAUAUCAAUCUUUUUCAAUAAAAGAAAUGGAUAUAUAAAUUGAACAAACUUAUGUAUGUUAUCUAUUCUUAGAGCAUUUGAACUUAUCAAUAAAACAUAUCUUCAUGUAGAUA